AUGAAAUUUGUUCAACUGCUUGUGGUGUUUUGGAGCCUUAACGACAUUACAGGUCAUUUUAGUAACCGUUUGAACAAUUACAUUCGCCAUUAUGAAGGUUUAUCAUAUGACACGGACGCUCUUCACAAAAGUCACCAAAGGGCAAAACGAGCACUAUCAAUAGAAGACCACAUCCUUCAACUGGACUUUCAUUCCCAUGGACGGCAAUUUUACUUGCGAAUGAAAAGGGAUACUAGUAUAUUUCACCCAGAACUCAAAGUUGAGGUGUCUGGUUUAGAGGUACCGGUUGAUACUUCACACAUCUACAGUGGACACAUAUUUGGUGAAAAGGACACAUUAACUCAUGGAUCAGUGGUCGAUGGUCGAUUUGAGGGCUUUAUCAAAACGCACCAAGGAACAUACUAUGUAGAACCAGCAGAGCGUUACUUAAAGAACACCAAUGUAAACUUCCACUCUGUCAUCUACCAUGAAGAUGACAUUGAUUAUCCACAUAAGUACGGCUCAGAAGGAGGAUGUGCAGAUCACUCUGUGUUUGAGAGGAUGAAAAAGUACCAAGCAUCAGCCGUAGAGGAGCCAAUCAAAAAUGAGAACUCUGUGACAGAAAGUGGAUUUGGGCCUGUCAUUUUUAGAGCAAAAAGGGCAACUGGACAAGACAAAAAUACUUGUCAGCUCUUCAUCCAAACAGACCACAAGUUCUUCAACUAUUAUGGCUCAAGAGAGGCUGUCAUUGCUCAGAUCUCUAGCCAUGUCAAAGCUAUUGAUUCAAUUUACCAGGUUACAGACUUCCUGGGCAUCAGAAACAUCAGCUUCAUGGUUAAAAGGAUCAGGAUAAAUACCACAGUAGAUGAACGUGACCAAACUAACCCAUUUCGCUUUGCAAACAUUGGUGUGGAAAAGUUUUUGGAGCUGAACUCUGAGCAGAACCAUGAUGACUACUGUUUGGCAUACGUCUUCACUGACAGAGACUUUGAUGACGGAGUGCUUGGUUUGGCUUGGGUAGGCGCUCCUUCAGGUAGUUCAGGGGGAAUCUGUGAGAAAAGCAAAUUGUACUCUGAUGGGAAAAUGAAGUCUCUGAACACUGGGAUUAUCACUGUGCAGAACUAUGCUUCCCAUGUCCCUCCCAAAGUGUCUCAUAUUACCUUUGCUCAUGAAGUUGGACACAACUUUGGAUCACCUCAUGACUCUGGAACUGAAUGUACUCCUGGAGAAUCUAAGCAGCAGGAACUGAAAGAACGAGGCAACUACAUAAUGUAUGCACGGGCCACAUCUGGAGACAAGCUCAACAACAACAAGUUCUCCAUCUGCAGCAUCCGCAAUAUCAGUGCAGUUCUUAUGAAGAAGAAGGACGACUGCUUUGUUGUUUCUGGUCAGCCAAUCUGUGGGAAUGGUCUAGUAGAGGCAGGAGAAGAAUGUGACUGUGGCUACAGCGACCAGUGUAAAGAUACUUGCUGUUAUAAUGCAAACGAGGAAGAGGGCAAACGCUGCAAAUUACAACCUGGGAAACUGUGCAGCCCAAGCCAAGGCCCAUGUUGCACUCAGCAGUGUGCAUACAGGGACACAAGUUUCAGAUGUAGGGAAGAUUCGGAAUGUGCAAAAGAAGGAAUGUGUAAUGGCGCCACAGCUCUGUGUCCUGCCUCUGAACCAAAGACCAAUUUCACCUCCUGCAAUUCAGAUACACAAGUUUGCCUCAAUGGUGUCUGUUCUGGCUCCAUUUGUGAAAAGUAUGGACAGGAGAUGUGCACCUGUGCCAGUCAAGACGGCCAAGAUGAAGCUGCCGAACUUUGCCAUGUGUGCUGCAUGGAAAAAAUGACCCCGAGCACCUGUGCCAGUACAGGCUCAGAAAGAUGGGCAGAGUAUUUCAACAAAAGUAUUAAAACACUGCAGCCUGGUUCACCCUGCAAUGACUAUAAAGGCUAUUGUGACGUCUUCAUGAGAUGUCGUCUAGUUGAUGCCGAUGGGCCAUUGGCACGGCUCAAGAAAGCAAUCUUCAAUGCUCAGCUCUAUGAGAAUAUUGCGGAGUGGAUUGUGGGUCAUUGGUGGGCCGUGUUGUUGAUGGGUAUUGCUCUCAUUAUGCUUAUGGCGGGCUUCAUCAAAAUAUGCAGUGUGCACACGCCCAGCAGCAAUCCAAAGUUACCUCCACCAAAGCCGUUACCAGGUACGUUAAAAAGAAGGCGGCAACAGCAGCAACAGGGCCAGCGGCCUCGCCAAUACAGAGAGGAUUAUCAAAUGGGACAGAUGAGGCGCUGA